AUGGCGGAAUCCACAUCAAAUGAUCACUGCCCUCCUUCAGGCUACGAAGAGGACUUUGUGAAAGAAGUUGAAGAAGAUUUUCAAUGUCCCAUAUGUCAUUUACCGCUAAAGGAACCAGUUCUUACGAGAUGUGGCCACAGAAAUUGCAAAGAAUGUCUUGACAAGCACAUUGGAAGGUACGAGUUUAUCAUAAGCAGCUUUCAAUAUUGUUGCUCGUUUACUCACGUAAUGUAAUCACCCUAAAGAAUUCAUAAUAGGUCAUUAGUGUGUUUCAGCUGAAUUCAAUCAUUACCAAAGUCAAAGUCCAUCUAUCUAGAGGAUGGUGGUCGGUUGCAUGAUCUUACACAUCAACUGUAAUGAUAAUGACCACUAUAGUUAUUUACUUAGUGAUGCAAUUUUUCAGUUUCUAGUAUUCCAUUCGAUUAGUUUCAAUCAAAAUACGCGCCCAUCUUCCUCUAAAAUUUAGCACAAUACAUUUUCUUCAUUAUCAAAGGUAAUACACGGAUUUCAUGCUCACUUAUCAAAAUACCAUAGCAAAAUAUCAGAGCAAAAUAUCUCAGAAUCGAAAGCGGAAAUCGACCGGUAGUGCAAUUAUCUACUGCAAGCGUGAUUGCUGUUCAAAGUUCAAAUCUUUUCUCCACCUUCAUUAUAUUUAGUACUGCAAUACUACUAAAACUAUGGCGCUAUUUUUAGUUUCAGUUCGUUUCAAUCGUCAUCCACAACUCAAUUACUCAGCCACUAAAUUACAUAAAUAAAUAGACUUGUCUUAUGUACCAAGUAAAUUGUGUCAAUGCAAUGAAAUAUAUUCAAUUGGAAAAUUCCUAACAAGGGCUUCAUCUACCUCAAUUAACAAUUGGUUCAUACGUCAGCGUGCGUUCAUCGGAUAUGAAACACGUGGGAAGUUUGGAGAGCACGAAAGAUGCGUGAGAGUAGCCGAGAGCAACUCUAGCUUCUUGAGUGCUCCCCAAACUUCACAAGUGCUUUAUAUAUUGAUGAACGCAUAGCUUACGUAUGAACCAAUUGUUUUAUAACAUUUUCAACCCGAUAGAAAUUUUUUUUCCUCGAGGGAUUUGUUUGCUGACGUCACGAGCGUGCAUAAUUGAAUUGGAGUAAACAAAUUUACUAGCUAUGUUAUUAUAUUCUUUUAUCGAUGUUGUAGCUUCUGAAUACUGCUGUGGAAGUUGAAUUAGCAAGUGUCGUUGUUAUCGUUGUGAAGUGGCAUGGGCUGCAUUGAAUAAGAUAAAAGUGUUGGUUAAGAUGGGGUACAUACGGUACAUAUUUGCUUGCGUGCUUCCUUACUUCCUUCCUUACUUAUUUCUUUACCAUUCUUAAUAAUUUAAUUUUUCUCACAGACAGCAGAGUAAAAAAGAAUUUUUAACCUGCCCAGUAGACAGGCAGAAUCUGGACCUAGAUCGGGUAAGUCAACUUUUUUUAACAACUGAAAAGUUAUAAGAAUGAUUUCCUUGGCUGAGUGCAGGUAAAGACCAACGCAAUUAUUUAGCAUUAUUUUGAUUUCUUCUUUUAACAUGUUUAAGAAGUAAUCAAAAUAAUGCCAGAUAAUUGUGAAUUAAGAGUCCUGACCACACACACGUUUAAUUUUUCUAUUAAAUAUUUUCAACAAUUUUCUCUUUUCUCUAGUCAAUUUUUUUCUGUUUUUGAAAUAUACCUUACCUAUUUCUAUUUUUCUUAAAAAACAUCACUAUUAUUUCAUUAAAUACUCCCUAGUAAAGGCUCUUGUAAAGGAAAGCACUCAUGCUCAAGUCAAUUGUCACCUUAUGACGACGUAGGAACAAUUUUACUGUGAUUAUUUCUAAGGAUAUCUUCCCUGAUAAAGCAACAGAAAGGAAGAUUCUCUCUCUAGCGAUCAGAUGUCCAAAUGAUGGCUGUGAAUGGACUGGGGAGCUGAGGAACAAGGAGGUAAAACUGACGUAUAUUUCAAUAAAUGUCAAUAAACAACUUUAUCAGCAUAAGUUAUUGUCUUCGUCUGUUGAAAUAACAAAGCCACAGACAUAGCUCAAGUUCCUACACGUAGAAGCCAAGACAUAGAGACGAUAUGCUUGGUAAUUUUUUACUUCUCAGGGAGAGCAAGGAACCAAUACCCAAACUUAAGUUGUUUUGGUUGUAUUUGUUGAACAGAUCCACUUGGAAUCUUGCUCUUUUCAGCAAGUAGCGUGUGCUAACAAGAACUGUCGCGAAAAAGUCCAAAGAAGACAUCUUACACAGCACGAAAAUAAUGUGUGUCCAUGGAGAAUCCUUCAAUGUAAAUACUGCGCGGAGCCCCACCCAGAGUAUAUGAUGCAAGUAAGGAUUGUUACAGUGGAGGAAAAAUAACACACCUCUAGCAAGAAAAUCUUUUAAUGUUUCUGUUGAAAAACUUGAGACCCUUAAAAUCGAAUAAGAAUUAGAGUAAAUAGAUAACAAACUGUAUAUUCGAUUUUAAAGAAGGUCUCAAAGGGGUUAUGCCUUUACGACUUUAGUUAAAAGUUUGGCCACUUUACGGCUAAUUGUUACUGUCUUUUCAUUCCACUCACCAGGAAAAAUUUACGGUUAAUUUUUUUUACGACUAACAGUUUAUAAUUUGUCAAUGUUACACCCAAAGGCUAAGUACUUUGGCCGUUCUACGGAUGACGGUUAACACCAUUGAGACUCUCUUUAUAGCCCGAUUUUCGAAGGAAAUUGAUUUUAAAAAAAAAUGAAAACGUAGUGAAAUCAAAUUUCCGCAUUCCUGUGUUUCUUUGAUUUUUCUUUUCGUAGGACCAUAUUAGACAGUGCAGCAAGUUCCCAGUAACUUGUCCAAACAGCUGUGGUCUUUCAAUUCCAAGGGAUAUGGUGAGACUUUCAGCUUUAUCUGUGAUAUACAAUCUGACGUUUUAAGUGAAUCUUUCGCCACUAGAUGCAGCUUUAAUACAUGCUAUUUAUCCAUCAAACAUCAAUUUACAUCCUUUCACUUUAAGAUAAGAUAAUUUAAAACAUACAAUAUUAUGAGUGGUAAAAACAUUUCCGACGGAAAUAAAGAUAGAUGUAAUGGUUCUUGCUGAUACUUCAUCUGAUCAAAAUUUUCUUUAAUCAUUUUAAUAAUCACAGACACACGAUGUUAACGAGAGAACAAUGCCAAACAGAUAAGCGAAAAGUGGCAUCUGCAUUUGUCAGAGUAGCCCGCAGUGCAGGCGUCUAUUUAGUGCGAGCUAACGUUAUAGGCUUGCGAUCGUUUAUCCCACCGGCCAUGUUUGAUUUGGAGUCAGAGUGGACGACGGGGGUAGGGGGCGGGGAAAGAGCAAGAAGACGCUUGCCCGAAGAGAUUGUUGAAAAGCAAAACACUCCCUGAUUAGCUACACGCCACUGUAUUUCGGAAAUGACCAGGUCAUAACAAAUACACGUACAGACGCUGAUUGAAACGGUGAGGCAGUUUUUUUUUUCAGUCAGAAGAGAAAUGGCCUCGACAAAACCACCUCCGCGGUCACAAAUGAGCUGAUAUUCGCUGCGCUCUACAUUUUUCAAAUGAAAAUCCUUGAGUUUAGCUGCCAUUAAUCUAUUUGACAAAUUUUCUUUUUUCCCUCUAUUUGAUCGUAAGCGAUACUUUGAAGCAACAACCUGACUGCACUCGAAGGUUUACCCGCUAUAAUUUUUUGAUGCAAACCAGCAUACUCUGGUGAAACGGUGUGGUUGUCUUUUUCGGAAUUCCGGAAGACACUUAGUGCUUCCUCGAGAGUGGAAUCGAAACUAAUAACUUCACGAUCAGAGUGAAACGUCUGAACAAAAAUUUCCAAAAUAACAAUGACCUCGGACUUCACUCCCCUCUCCUUAUUUCUGACCGUCGACCGCCCCCUUGGAACAAAUUUCUUUCUCUCCCCAACCUACCGCAGCCAUUAAAAUUAAAGAUGGCGGCCAUGAUUUUCCCUCUAGUACUCUUUUCCACUGACAGAUUUUGGUGCGUGCCAUUCCUUUUUAUUCAAGUCCUUUAUUUCAUGUGAUGCAGGUUUCGAAUCACACAAAAGAUGAGUGUCCGCUAACCAUAAUUUCCUGUCCAUAUGCAGGAAUGGAUUGCACUAUAAAGGUGAGAAACUAAUGUAACAGGCCCAGAGAAUUGCAUGUACCUUAUAACCCUACAUUCCAUCUUGGUUUGCUUUGCAUUUGAUAUUGUCAAGACGAAUUCUGGAAGCUAGUUUUUUUGUUCUAGAAAAUGUUCGCGGCGGCUACGAAAUGAAGCAGACAGUUUCGGGGCGGUAAGGUAGAUAGACCAAUAUCUGCCCUUUAUAGCCAAUCCCUUCAUAGUAUUAACUUAAUCUUAAACAUUUAUGGGGGCAGCCAUGUGAUAAAUCACCUCUCUAGUCGAAGCUCGAGGAAAUAUAACCAACAGAAAAGAUUCCGACGAGUGUGUUGAAGACCACGUCAUGCCGAAAAGAACUAUGAAAUAUAUUAGCUGUUUAAAUUACAGGUAUAAAUAAUAAUAGUCUGUAGAAUUUCAGGUAAAUGAAGUAUAAAUUUUCAUGUAGGUCCAACGUCAAGAAAUGGAGGAUCAUCUUGAAUCAGCAACAAGAAUCCAUCUUGAUUUAGUUUGUAUUAAAUUAACUAAAACAGAGGAUGAGCUGAAUAACACAAAAGAUAAGUUGAAGAAGACAGAAGAUAAAUCAAAUAACACAGAAGCUUUGUUAAAUGAGACAAGACUUGAGUUGAAAAAUGCCAUGGAACUGCUAAAGUUGUCGAGCGUAAAACAUAACGAAGCGUUUCUUUGGCGGAUUGAUAGUUUCAGCGAGAUUUUGGAAGAAGCCAAAAAUGGAGGUAAAGACAAAAUAUACAGUGACCCACUCUACACCAAAACUGAAACCGAAAGUUUUGGUUACAAGUUAAGAUUUCUUAUUUACCCUGGUGGGUUUGGAGAUGGCAAAAAAACUCACCUCUCGGUGUUCAUGGUUGUAAUGAAAGGUGAAUAUGAUGCAAUUUUACGCUGGCCCUUCAAUAAGGAAGUGAAGAUUACCUUGAUUGAUCAACAGGAUGAUCCAGACCAACGGAAAAACGUGACCAAGGAGAUCAUUGGGAAAAAUAAUCCAAGCUUCGCAAGGCCCGAAACAGAACAAAACAUUGGAAGGGGUCUUCAUCGUUUCAUAUCUCAUGUCAAACUUUAUUCGGGGCGCUACAUAGUGGAUGACACACUGUUUCUUCAGGUUGAGAUUAGUCCACCAUCUAAUACGAACUCCAGUCUUGAAGGUUAA